ACCCAGGAAACGACCCAGUCACACACCCAGGCAGGAGGCCUGCCCCUCCUCCCCGGGUUGAGGAAACAGGAAAAGGCGACCAGAGAGGCAGCAAGCAGGUCUGCAGAGCGGCAGUGGCUGGUGCCCCAGCCGGGAUGGGCUCUCUCUGGGGCCUGGCUCUGCCCCUUUUCUUCUGCUGGGAGGCUGGGCUGUCCCACAGCUCCGCAGGCCCCAGCACCAGCAGACCAGAUACCUUGGUGACAGCAAAUGACGUAGAAGUUCCUGUUGUGACUCCAGGGGUCAGGACAAGUUCUGAGGAGGCCUUCCAGACCAUUGACCUCACUGAGACCUCAGCACCAGGACGCGUCACUUUGGAAACUCAAACUAUGAGCACUGAGACCUUUUCUAGGCUCUUAAUCCCAGCCAGCACCGUUCCAGAAGCAGAGACCAGGGAAGCCGGGACUGUUUCCCCUGCCACAGAGACCAGGAGCCUCACAAAAAGAACAACUUCCAAGUUCAUGGUCGUGAUCUCCACCUGUGUGGAGACAUCAGUCUUAAGUGGCAGCCCCACGGGAACUGGGAUGACCACAGCUGAGACUGUCACAGGCAGUGAUCCUGCAGACGCCAUCUUUCACACCCUUUGUACCGAUGACAGCUCUGAAGAGGCAAAGAGGGUCACAGCGGACGUCUUGACAUCCGCUCACACCUCCAGAGAAGCUCAGGGCCUGUCCUCAGAGAGCGGCUCCUCCUCCGACAGCUCAGUUCCAGUCACCACCACCUCACCAGCCCUGGAUCCUGGCGUCACCAUUCCAGCGGAAGGCUUGGUGGCCUGCACCUUCGCCCACUUUGAGGUCACCAACUGCAGUGUGGCAGAAACAGAAAUGGCAAGAACCGCCAGCCCCAGGGUCUCAGGUCACAGCCCCACGGGAGUGAAGGCCCCGUCCACCUCUGCUACGUCAGCUUUGCCAGACCCCUCUGACGUCAGAUCCUACGUCACCGAGUCCACAAUGUCUGCGGGGACCUUGUCAACAGCCAGCGCCACAGAGUCGGCCGCACCUGAUGCCACCAUUGAGACCCCGCCCCCCACCAGUAGCACCACGGAGACAGAAACAACAGCAGGCAAGGCCACUACCCUGAGCAGAGCUUCGGUGACGGUCAGCACUGACCCCUCGGGAGAAACCUUGGCCUUCUCUGUGGAGACGCCAAGCCACAUGGAAGCCUUGGGAGCAGUCGCGGCCACAGAGGCUGGGUCGACAGUGGGCAAAGUGACUUCCGCUGCAGGGUCCUCAGCUUCAGGCUACAGCCCCUCGCUAGUAGCCACCAUCCAGAAGUCCACCCGUGCAGGGCCACCUGCCACGGAUGGUACAACUGGCGGGCCCCGCCCCGCCAGCAGGAGCCCUCUUCCUUCUGUCCCUCCGACUACAGGCAACGGCAGCCGAGGAACAGACACCAUUGUAGCCAAGACCACGACCUCAGCAAAGACCUCGGCAAAGCCCCCGACGGCCACCAGCACCACUGCUCAGACGAGGCGGAUCACGACAGCUCCUGCACGUAGGUGGAGAUGGAGGCUUCCUCCUCCUGCGGCUGAGUGUGGCCUCCCCAGAAGACCUCACUGAUCCCAGAGUGGCAGAGAGGUUCAUGCAGCAGCUCCGCCGUGAACUGCAUACCCACCUGCCUCUCAUCCAAGUCUCCCUACUGCGCACCAGGAGGGGUUAGAGAAUGUCAGCUGCUGCCAGGCAUGUCCCAUGUGCCCAAACAGGGACAGAGGUGCCUGUGGCCUGGGUCCCCACCAACAGACUGGAAGCACAUUACUGUGCUGAGAUGUACCUGGAAGAGUCCCACGAAGGGCAGCUGGCUCAAGCUCCCCACCCCAGAUGUGGCAACAGGACCCUGGCUCACGUAUGCCUGCGUGAGUGUGUGUGUGUGUGUGGGGGAGGGGGCUUCCUCUGUUCCCAGACAUGUCCUUGACUUCCUUGGCACAUGUGCUGUGUUUCAGUAAAGAGAGACCUGACCACCCACCUGUGUGUUUCCACCUUGAUCCUCAGUGUGGCCCAGAGGCUGUCUCUUUGACCUGUAUGCUCUUGACAUUUUUAUAGGGAUUUUGUGUGUCCUUAAGGCUACCUCUCUCCUUCUUGUUCCCCCAGUUCUUGUUUGGACCCUGGUUACAACACGUACUAUGGUCAGCCCUAGAGCCUGUUGAACGGCGGGGGGCUCCUUCAGGGCAGGACCGUAUUCGUUCAUUUCAGCAUCCCCUGAACCUAGUGGAGCACAUGGCCUGUGGGAGAAAAUGUUUGUUGAAUUGACUUGAAUGCAACAAUUUGAAUGUUUGUUGAAUUGACUUGAAUUGCAAGUUCUGGACACAAGCAAAUUUAAAAGAAAGGCUGCAAUCCUCAAUUAUUCCUCCCAUAACUCAUAACUCACAUGUUAUUACUUUUUUAAUUAAACAUGCCUUAUUGUUUUUCUCUACUUUAAAAGUGAAACUUG